UUCUAUAUGUUCCAUUUAGGCCUAAAAUUAGGACGUAAUUAUGAAUUCUCACUUCCAACUCGAUAAUCCCAAUUUGGGCAAAGAAGAUAUUUUAUAUCACAUUGGAUUGACUGCCAAGGAUGAUCUGCAAUCAAUGUUCCAAGACGUAAAGUUUGUAUGCAUGGGAGGGAAACCAUCUCGAAUGCAAAAGUUUGCAGCUUAUUUAGAUGACAAACUCGGAAAACCCGAAACAUCGAGGCGUGAAAAAGGAGAGCUCCUUGAUAUAUCUGGGUCAGCAGGACGAUAUUCCAUGUACAAAGCAGGGCCAGUUUUAUCAGUGAGCCAUGGAAUAGGACAAGCUUCACUCUCUGUAGUUUUGAACGAAAUAUUAAAACUUUUGCACUAUGCAAAGUGUAACAAAGAUGUUAUUUUUAUAAGAAUUGGAUCAAGUGGUGGACUAGGUGUUGAACCAGGAACUCUUGUAAUUACGGACCAACCGUACAACAGCACUCUCGAACCUGUUUUCUUGCAUAUAUCUUUAGGACGAUCAAUUCCACGACCUUGCUCAACCUGUCCAGAUACCAGAAGAGAAUUACUUAACUGUUCGAAAAAUCUUGGUAUUCCUGCAGUGAUAGGAAACACAAUGGCAACUGAUGAUUUCUUCGAAGGUCAAUGCCGACUUGACGGUGCAUUUUGUGACUACAGUGAUGAGGAUAAGAUGAAUUUUCUCAAACGUGCAAACCAAGAAUUGGGCGUAAAAAAUAUAGAAAUGGAAAGUACUUGCUUUUCAGCAAUGUGCAAUCGAGCUAAUGUCAAAAGUGCUGUGAUUUGUUCAGCUCUUUUAAAUCGACUCCAGCAAGACGUUGUUGACGCUACAGUGCAGGAUAUGGACAAAUGGCAACAGCAGUCAUUCGAAGUUGUGGCUGCAUUCAUAUCAAACACCGUGAAUGAUAAUGUAGUUUCUUAAUUUAAAAUAUUUGGUUAAAAAUCUGUGAUUUUAGAAUAUACGUCAUAGACAAUCAAGAUUUACGUAAAAAUAUAUCUGUUUAAAAAUCUGGAUGUUUAGAACGUUCAUCAUGACACUGAAUUUUAUUGUAAUUCUUAUUGAAAUUUCGAACAGUAUAUUUUUUUAAUUUCACUAUUUUUUCAAUCAAAUUCUGUUUUAUUUUCCCUUUUUUGAUGGAAUUUCACAUAACUUUUUUUAAUUACUCAAACGUACGCUUUAAUACGCAUUGACAUUUUAUUUGGUUUUGUCGUAGUAAUUUUAGAGUUCAUAAAUGAAAUUACAUAGUUCUCAUUUUUAGACCCACAUCAACACCUUUUAAUUUAUUGUUUUUUAUUUAUCAUUCAACUUUCGGUGUGCUAUAUGCGAUCAGUUUGAAUCUAAAACAAUUUUCGGUACUCCCGUAGUGUGUGUACCAGGUGAGGAGGGUUAGGCCAUAAUUUUAUUCCGAUUUUUCUUAUUUUAGUUCUAUCAUGAGUUCGAGGACUGUCUGUGUUAGCCGAGUGAAUGUAUU